AUGCCUCUCUCGGCCACUCCGUCGCCGCUGCCGCCGCCUCCUCCUCUUCCUCGUUUCUCACAUUCAUCGCUCUUCUCAACGUUGCUAGCAUGUGGCAUCGUCGUGGUCUACCUCAUCGCGGUGGGCUACCUCUUUUGCCGUGGCUGGUGCUUCGACGGCGUGAAGCGGGCUCUCUUCUAUCGCGGCAUCGAGUGGCGUCGGGGCGAUGUGGGGAAGUUCGAUAUCCGCGAGUGUGCGAUUUGCCUGGAGUGCUUCGAGGAAGGAGAGGAGCCCUGCGUGCUCGAGACGUGCAACCAUGGGUACCACGAAGGUUGCAUUGAGGAAUGGCUCUCGAGAAACCAGCAUUGCCCGCUUUGCCGGGGCUCGGUCCGGGCGGGGCAGAUGGCCUGUGUGACGCCUUCCUCCGGUCCCUAG